ACAAAACUCGCACAAUUACGCGCAAAAAAGCCGCCGAAAAUGCCGCCGAAGAAGGGAGGAAAGAAGAAUAAGGACGAUGAUUGGGAUGACGAUGCCGCCGAGAAGAAGCUCGCAGCUUUGAGUGUGGCGAGCAACGCCGACGCUCAAUGGGACGACGAAGAGCCGAAGAAGGCGAAAACCAAGGCAAAAGCGCCGGCUAAGAAGGGAUUCGCCGCUCUGCUAGAUGAGUCAGAGCCCGAGGAAAACUAUUCUGAGCCGCCGGAGCCCGAGCCUGAGGUGAAAAAGGCCGCCAAGGUGCCGGAGAAGCCGGAGAAAGAGAAAAAAGAGAAGAAAAAGGCCGGAAAGAAGGGUAAAAAGGGAGAAGCCGACGAGGAAGAGGAUUUAGAUGCUCUUCUAGCUUCAUUCCAGGAAAAGGAUGGCCCGAAGGUGGCGGAAGUGGCUCCAGAAGCCGUGGCAGCUCCAGAAGCUGCUCCGGUAGACGACAAAAAGAGCAAGAAGAAGAAGGAAAAGCCUGUGGAGAAGCCUGAAGAGCCCGCAGUCGAAGAGGAUUCGGAUGGUGAAGGAGACGAGAAGGAUCAGGAUAAAAAAGACAAGAAAAAGCAGAAAAAGAAGGAUAAAAAGAAGGAAAAAGAGAAGAAAGAGAAGGAAGAUAAGAAGGGUGGAGCUGGAGCAAAGAAAGGAAAUCUAUCGUUGAUUAAGGAAAUGCUCAAAAAGCAGCAAGAAGAACGUGAAGAGCAGGAACGACUACAGAAAGAGCAACAAGAGCGUGAUGCUCAGGAGGAGAAGGAGCGUCUGGAGAGAGAGCACGCUGAGAAGGAGCGAAAAGAAGCGGCAAAAGAAGCAAAACGCCUUGAAGUCGAACGCCAAAAAGCCGCCGGAACCUACCAGACAGCUGCUCAAAAACGCCAACAAGCUCUGGCUCUGGAGAAGCUUCGAGCCGCCGGACACUCUGUUCCAGCUCCACGUGAUUCUACGGAAGAUGAAGCUGCUGGAGUUAAGAAAUCAUUUGUCUAUGUUGAUGAGAAGACGAAAGCCAAGCAGGAAGAGAAGAAGCGUAGGCGGUUGGAGAAGCUCGGACAGCUUCCGGUAGCUGCUGAAGCUUCAGCUGAUGCUUCUGCUUCUGCUUCUGCUGAAGCUUCUGCUGAAACUCCAUCAACUACUCCAGAGCAGGAGAAGACCCCGGAGCCCGUUGACGAUUGGGAGAUGGCGCACAGUGAGGAUGAAGCUUCAGCUCAGAAGGAGAAGCCGAAGAAGCCAGCCACCAAGGCUUCUGAUGCCGACGAGGAUGACGACGAAGAGUCUUCCGACGAAGAAUCAGAUGAAGAAUCGGAAGAUUCUGAAGAAUCUGAAGAAUCUUCUUCUGAUGAUGAUGAGGAUCGUGGUGGACAACAGAAAGAGACGGUCGAAGAGAGAAUGGAACGGAUUAAGCUUCGAAUUGCCAAGAGGAAGGAGGUGGCUCAAGCGAAUCGGAGCACAGAUAACCUCAGAUCUCCGGUGAUCUGUGUUCUUGGACAUGUUGAUACUGGAAAGACGAAAAUGUUGGAUACUAUCCGGCGAACAAAUGUGCAACAAGGUGAAGCCGGUGGAAUUACUCAACAAAUCGGAGCAACCGAAGUUCCAGCCGAAGCGAUUAAGGAAAGAUGUCGUCAAGUUCGUGGAUUCCUUCAGGAUCAAAUGAAAAUUCCUGGAUUCUUAAUUAUUGAUACACCCGGUCACGAAUCGUUCUCGAAUCUUCGAACACGUGGAUCUUCUCUCUGUGAUUUUGCGAUUCUUGUCGUUGAUAUAAUGCAUGGAUUGGAGCCACAGACUAUUGAAUCGUUGAAGCUUCUUAUUAAAGGAAAAACGCCAUUCGUAAUCGCAUUAAAUAAAAUUGAUCGUCUCUACGAAUAUGAAUCAAACCCGCGAAAAGAUGUCUACGAACUGCUCAAAUCUCAGAAGCCACGAGUUCAAGCCGAAUUCAAAGAGCGUUUCAAUCAAAUUGUCGUCGAAUUCGCCGAGCAAGAGCUCAAUGUGACCCUAUCGAAUCAUAAAAAUGCAGAAGAUUCGGAUUACGUGUGUAUGGUUCCAACGUCGGCAUUCCUUGGUGAUGGAAUUGGAAAUUUGAUGGCUUUUAUUAUUAAUCAAACACAGACGAAAUAUGCACAAAAACUCGCAUUCUCUGAAGAACUCGAUGCGACUGUUAUGGAGGUUAAAGCCAUCCCUGGUCUCGGCACGACAAUCGACGUAAUCCUCGUAAACGGAACAAUGCGAGCCGGUGACGUCAUCGUGCUCACUGGCUCCGACGGAGCAAUUACGACACAAGUUAGAGAGCUUCUAAUGCCAAAACCAUUGAAAGAAUUGCGAGUAAAAAAUGAAUAUAUUCAUUAUAAAGAGGUUAAAGGAGCUCGCGGAGUCAAAGUUUUGGCUAAAAAUCUGGAAAAAGUGCUGGCAGGACUACCGAUUUAUAUAACUGAUCGAGAAGAUGAAGUGGAUUAUUUGAGACAUGAAGCUGAUCGACAACUUGCAAAUGCUCUUCAUGCAAUUCGGAAGAAGCCAGAAGGAGUAUAUGUUCAAGCUUCAACUCUUGGAUCACUUGAAGCUCUUCUAGAAUUCCUAAAAUCUCAGAAUAUUCCAUAUUCAAAUGUGAAUAUUGGACCGGUUCACAAGAAAGAUGUCCAGAAGGCUUCUGCAAUGAAAGAGCACAAAGCGGAAUACGCGUGUGUGCUCGCUUUCGAUGUGAAAGUUGAACGAGAGGCACAAAUAUUCGCUGAUCAUGAGGGUGUCAAGGUUUUUCAGGCGGAUAUUAUUUAUCACUUGCAGGAUGCUUUCCUCAAGUAUAGAGAAGAGCUAAAAGAGAAGGCUCGCCGCGAUAAUGAGCAUCUUGCGAUCUUCCCAUGCAAACUUCGUGUUCUGCCGAAUCACGUCUACAAUACACGUAAUCCCAUCGUUUGUGGUGUCUCCAUUGAGGCUGGAAUCGUGAAACGGGGCACACCGAUCUGUGUACCCAGCAAGGAAGGAAUCUUCCUCGGAACAAUCUCAUCAGUUCAACGAAACAAUGAAGAAGUCCCAUCGGCUAAACAGGGCGAAGAAGUUUGUAUUAAAAUUGAAAAUACGACUGGCGAAGCUCCACGGCUCUACGGACGUCAUUUCACACACGAGGAUCCACUUUAUUCCAGGGUAACCCGUGAAUCAAUCGAUAUCUGCAAGAAAUAUUUCCGUGAAGAUUUGACAAAAGCCGAUUGGCAGCUCGUUGUGCAGCUGAAGAAGCUUCUCGAAAUUUUGUAGAUCACAAUUUUCCCGCCGAUUUCCUAUAAUUUCCCCCGUGUCGUUGACCCUAUUGUCCUUGGAGCGAGCUUGCAUUAGGUAAAAGCUUGAGAAAAUUUGAAUUUUUUCCAGUGCAAACGCGCUCUAAUGAACUUUUUUUAAAAUUUUCUUUUUGGUUACGGUUUUUCUUGUUCAUUUCACCUUUUUUUUCUAUUUUUCCCCAGUUUUCCCCCAAUUUUGUUGUUAUUUAACUCGUUUUUUUCGAAUUUUUUGGAAAAAUUGGAUUUUUUCCGGUUUCCCCCCACCCCCCCGCCCCAUUUUCGCUACCCUUUCACAAUAUAAUCGUCUUCUUUUCGCUAUCGACUAGUUGAUACCGCUGCUUUUUGCUUCCCCAGUUAAUGAAUGCUUGUUU